AUGGUAUUGCGUGCAUUAGUCAUGAUGCCGAUCACUGUUUCUGCUGUACGUUUAAAAUUUGUUCUCUUAAGCUUUGCAGUUUUAGGCAUCAAAACAUCUUGCGACUGGUCAACUGGACUCACUGCAUCGAUAGAGUUCGUGUUAUUUGAGUCAUUGCCAAACAUAUCGUUGGAUGAACCCUGGCCGUCAAUGUCAUCAGAAUCAUCGUUGAAUACAACAGAGUCAAAUACGGAUGAUGCCACUAACUGGCUUGGCACGCUCAAGUCAGGGGAUAACGAACGGUCAUCAGAGACAUUUUGCAUUGGAAUAUUGACAUUUGGAUCCAAUGGAGAGUAA